AUGGCUCCGUCUCCCUUACGAGACCCCAUCGACUACUCACCCACGACCUCGAGUUUCCUCUCCUCGACCUCCAAUGCGAUCACGUCAGGAUCAGUACGCCGAAAUUUAUUCUCGACGCAUCUGUCGCGACGACCGGCUUCCGGGGCACCACCGCCUCAACUAGACGGGCAAAAUGAGACUCCAGCCUCUCCCUCGCAGACCCAAGCCCAACACCAACAGCAGCAGCAGCAGCAGUACGCGAGCCACCUGCCACGGCUGCGGACCCACCAACGCUCAGCGUCGACUCCAUCACUCUCACCGUCGCCGCCACGCUCAUCACCCUUCCACAAUGCCCUCGAUGGCGGCAGCGCAGCCUUCAUCCCCCCUCCCAUUCCACAACUGUCCCCUCCCACCCGCGCCGCCGUAGCCGAUGGGUACGAUCCGACCGUAUCGCCGAAUCGACCACUCAGCCCGCAUUCCUCCGCCGCACUGUUCCCCAAUCAGUCCAUCAUUGCAUUGAAUCCCGUCACCGGGCGUCCCGUGCUCCCCAAGCUGCCCGUGCUCCCCAGCCGCUUGAGGCUCACAGAUUCAGACGAUGAGACGGGCGAGGACCAAGAACCGCAAGGGGAGCGUGGGGCAGGGGAGGACAACGAAGACGUCCAAGUACAUCAUCAUCAUCAUCAUCAUCACUCCCACGCCGCGGCAGAGGAAGGCUUCUCCGGCGACGAAUUCCACCACUCAACUGUCGAAGCCUCUACUCGCCGAGCAGGUCAUCGCGUAGGACGACAACAUCAGCAUCUGUACGGCCACGACAACGACCACGACCAUGACCACGACCACGAUCAACCACCGCCCUCCUCUUCAAUUCCCAGGGGCCGCACUGCACAUGCACAUACCUAUGACCACACGCACACGCACACGCACAACGACGCCCAAGCCGCGGCCAUGGCUGCCGCCCGGGCCCAAGCCGAGGCCGUAGCCCUGGACGAACUGGACUCCGAGCGUCGCGACCGCGAGCGCAUCGAACGCCUCCUCCGCGAAAUGAUGGCCCGGCAACGGGCUCGCGCCAAGGGCGGCAAAUCCGCGGCGUCGAGCACCGUGGCUGGGGCGGAGGACGAGGACGAGGACGAGGAAGCCCAGGAGGAGAAAGAAGAGCUGAUGGGACUGAUCAUGGGGAGUCUGCGGCGGGAGGUCGGCCGCGCCGAGGACGAGGCGUGGAUGUUUGGCGGGAGUCUGGGCAUGGGCGCCAUGGUCGGGAGGGACGAGGUGGGCGUGUAUGACUGA